AAUCAUAGUACUAAAGAAUGAAAUUUGUUAUUCACCAGAUGUAAUUUGCCGUAUAAUUUAUUUGAUCGAAUCAUAUGAACGCAUACGAGAAUAUAUCCGAAAGUUAUCAAAUACAUGUUGUUUUCUUGUUCCAUCAAAGCCAAAGACAAUUGUAAUAUUAUAGUUAAUAACUCUUAUUCCCUGUUUUUAUAAUUCGUCUCUCUGUGUGUUCUCUUUGUUGGAACCUUGAACCAAGUGUCGUUUUUAUUGACUUAUUCGAUUCAAAAUUAGUGGCCAAGCUACCUACGCGGAGAACCAUAUUAAACAUAUAUAUAUAUAAUAUAUUAAAGUCUGAGUUACGAUACAAAAAUUCAUGGCUUGCAAAGCUUAUAUUCUUAGCACUUCUAAUAUGAAUUGUAUUACUUUCUGAUAUGAUCGUAUCACACUGCAAUACACUUAAAAAUAAAAUCCAGCAUUUUAUAGAUUUUGCAAUUUUAAAUUUUAUGUUCUAUCCAUCAAAUAUUAAUAAAUUUCACUCCCGCACUUAGUAUGUGUUGUCGAACUAUUUUCGGGUUUCUUCUAUCUCGUCCUUUCUUUUUUGUAAAUAAAAUAAUUAAGGGAGCUUUAAUUUGUAAUUAAUUUAAUGGGAUUGAUUGGAACCUGAACAAGAUAGAUAAAUUCAUAAAUAGAUACCAAUAAAUAAAAAGAUGCACUGCACCCAUCUUUGGCCAUAUUCUUUUACUGGCCAGAAUAUAAGACACAUCACCCCUUCUUCAAUCAAUAGAGAUUAUAGGUUCCCAAUUAUUAUACUAUGCAUAACUGAAUGGCAAGAUAAGUUUCUUUUAUUUUUUUUUUAUCAUAAAUUUUCAAGAAAUUCAGUAUUGAUCAAUGAUUGAUACACACUGCGAAUAACUAGAUUAUACGAUCGAUAUUUAUAAAAUUCCGAGACCAACGAUCGAACCAUAUUAUACUCGGUUUGGUGCAGUCCAAUCCAAACAUAAGGAGGAAUAAAAAGAUAUAGAAUGGCUUUCUUUUUUAUCUUUUUUCACCUCACAUGAAAAGGUGAUUUGGCAAUUUUUCCACUCCCAGAUAUGAUAAUUAACUUCAAAUAUUUUUCCCCCCCUCUUCCAUUGUCCCUCCUUCAAAAUCAGAAGUUUCUAGAUUUAAAGUCAAAUGUAACUUGCACCAAUUUUUUUCCAUGGUACAAAUUGUACAACAAACCGUUUUCCACUUUUCCUACAUUGAAAUAUCUAGGGAAACGGUGUAAAUAAAUCAGUGGGUAAUUUUAUUCCAGGUGGAUGAAAAUUUGCGUUGUCGUAUUUGAGAGGGUCCAGCUGGCAAGUGCGCGCUAGAUCCAAGUCGGAUGGUGGGUCCCACACACAUACCACUUCACGUGACACUCGCCAUCGAAACCCCAUAAGCGUAACGGAGACGUCUCCACGUGUUACCCGAUGAGUAAGCCACUUUCACACGUGUCAAUAUCACAGGCCGUUGGUUGAAAGAAGGGAUUGGGGACCGCAUUUGUCCUUUUCCUCCGGGCCCCAGGCCCAGGUGGAACCCCUUCCCCGGCCUUCUGUUUGGGCCUUCGGGCCUCGGGUCGCGACAAAAAACCCGGUGUCGUUAAAGGAAUUUUAACGCGUGUAAACUCGGCUUUGUCCCAGGGUUAAAACUUAAAAUGGAGGGAAGCUUUUUGUAGAUUUCCGUAACUACCCCUCCCUCUAGGGCAAUAUGUCGACUGGCAACUAACGUUUUUUUUCACAAUUUUACUUUUGCGUUACGAGGAACUGCUGCAGCGGAAUCCACGUGGCAAAUUUAGAUGAAAGUUCUUCCAUCAUCCUUCCACUCCCACCAAUGAAAUAUAUGUCGUGAUUUAUCUCGCUUUCGAAUUUUACGAUCGAAUUCAACUUGUUACGAGACCGAGUUUACUUUCUCAAAGAUAAUGUUUUUUUCUCGUAAAUCCCCCCCCCCUCCUGUAUUUCUCUCUUCGUCUAAUGUUGGUACGUAAAGAUGGUCGAGGCAUCAGUCCUGGUAACUGAUUGUCCCUCGUCUUCUCUUUUUUUUUUUCUUGUACUCACGAUUCCAACCAUGCAAUGGCAAUUGAUGCAAGGUUUUAUUUUCGGGUUAUAUGUUAUCUUAAUUUUACAUAUGAUCUACUUAUUAACCUAAAUGGUAAGUUCAUUCCUCUUUUCUUUAUUGUUGAUAUUUAAUGUGUUGGUUUCUUGGGUUAAGGAGGGUAGGUAUUUAUGGUUAGGUUAGGGCAUUUGGUUAGGCUAUUAUGGUUAGUUAUACAUUUAGGUUGUUAGGGUAAACGAGGUUGGGUUUUUUUUUCUUUAAUGGGGUUUAGGGUUAGGAUGUUGAGGGUAAGGUAUUAGUGGUCAAUGGUGUUGGUGUAUUAAGGUUUUUCUAUACUUAUUAAAUCAAGCAUUUAUCAUCCUCAGUUUUAAUUUAAGUGCAUAAAUAUCUUCCAUCACAAUUUCAUGUUUGUGUAUAUUUGAUUAACAUUGGUAGACUCCACUACACAUAUGUACAAAAUAUAGAACUAAUACGUGCGCGAAAAAUAGAUCAUCUUACAUUUAUUUCACUCUCUAACAUCGGUUUAUAUCCUAAUAAUAAAACAAAAUAAACCAAUAUUUACACGUAAUAACAUUCAUUUACAAAUUAAUAUGGUAGUGUGUUAUCCUUUUAUCCUUCUAAUUAAAAUAACUAUAAAAACGAACCUUGAGAAAAUAUAAAUAUACGACCUUUUUCUGUUCUUCCCUUUUCUCCGUAAGUUCUUAGGGAAGAAGAAGACCGACUGCUUGUAAUUUUCGCCGCGGUGAAACGGCACAUCCCAGGAAGGUUAUAUUAUAUAUACAUUAUACAAUACCGGGGGCGGGAAAUUCCGUUUGUGGACUAUCCAAAAGACACGUACGUUCCGCUUUCAUCAGGGGUAUGCAAGUAAAUCCAUAACUUUAAUUCGAAGAAAAAUAAAAAUAUUUUUAAAAGGCAAGCCAGCCAAUCUUAUCCAUUUAUUGCAACCCCCCACACCCUUUAUAAAAAGGAGCUCGAAAUGCUGCCUUCCCUGAAACAAAGCCGAAUGAAGAACACUCCAUAGCCCAAACCAAAAAAAAAAAAAAAUCCCCAAAUCGAAAGAAACUAAAUCCCUAAAAUUAGAACGAAUUGGAACUUUCAAUCCGCAGACUCUUGUGUGUGAUCUUAUCAGCUUCUCAAUCUUCUUCUUCUUCUUCUCCUUUCCGAUUUCAAUGGCGGCCAGUAAGAGUUACUUAGCCAGGCAGAACUACCGAUUCCUCGAUCAGAACCACCAUCACCACCACCUCCACAGCCACCACCACCACGACUUCGAACUCGACGAGUCCGACGUCUACGACCGCCACAGCCACCUCCCUGACUCGCCGGAGUUCCGGAAGGUCGGGUCCAGGAUCAACAAGAAGUCAACGGCGGCGGCGGCGAAGUCCGCCGCGUCGUCGCUGCCGGUCAACAUACCGGACUGGUCGAAGAUUCUGAAGGAGGAGUACCGCGAGAACCGCCGCAGCAGGGAUCCCUUCGACGACGAGGAGGACGAGGAAUUGGACGGCGACGGCGGGGUGCGGGUGCCGCCGCACGAGUUCCUGGCGAGGCAGAUGGCGAGGACGAGGAUCGCGUCGUUCUCCGUCCACGAAGGCGUGGGGAGGACUUUGAAAGGGAGGGAUCUGAGUAGGGUCCGGAAUGCAAUUUGGGAGAAAACUGGGUUCCAAGACUGAAAUUUUCCAUUUCCCAUUUCUUUUUUUUUUUGGGAACUAAUUAGAGGGGGGAAUAAUUAUUAACUUGCAUUUUAAUUGUUUUCAACUUUUUGUAUUUUUGUUGGUAUUAUAGAGAGAGGGGAUUGUGACAGGAGGCCGGUAGUCGGUAGAUGGGGUAUUUUUUUUUUCUUCCUUUCAAUUUUGUUGCCUUUUUAUAAUUCCAAUUGACGAAGGGGAUUGGAUUUUUUAAUCAAUCUGCUAACUUCAUCAAUUAUUUGUAUCGUUAUUAUUAAUAUUACAUCCCAAAUAUUUUACACAAGUUAUUAUAAUUUAAUAGCUUUCCCACUCAUUAUCAUCACCUUUGCUUCUCUAUUUGGUCAAUGGUAGUAUUGUGCUUGAAGUCUUCUUUGUUUGUUGAGUGUGGAGGUUGAAUUAGUUGAAGAAGAUGGGCGGUAUGGCUAGAGGGUUUGUUCGCCUAAUGAUAUCGAUCGAGUAUGUACUGAUAUCGUAGGAUUGCUAUAAUGUAAUUAGAGUAUGUUUGUUACUUCUUGGUGAUUCAUUGAUAAGGAUAAAUAUGUGUAUUUGAUGGAUAAAAAUGCAAAUUAUUUAAUCUGACGCGAUGUCUAUUCACGAUGAUGGUUGUUCCCACUUGGGCACUAGAAUUGGGAGAAAGAGAAGUCUUCAAGCAAAGCCAUGAAAAUGGUGGGGUGUGGGUUUUGAAUUGAUGUAAAGGGGUUGGUAAAGGGAGAAGAAGAAGUAUUUACAUGGAGAAAAUGACUAUUCUUUCUUCCCUUUGAAUUACUCCAUAUGCCCUAUGCCAAAGGCAAAAAAAAAAAAAAAAAAAAAGAAGCUAUAACGUUAACAUCCACCAAAAGAAUUGGCAUAUCAAUCCCUUUGCUUUAGGGAUUUACAUUUUCAAAAAAAUGUACCACGUUUAAUCACGAGAUUAGUUGGCCAAACCUUUUUCUUAAAUCUGCCUAGGAUAAGGGAGAGGAAGCAAAAAUCGUAAUUAAGAACUUAGUGGAAGUGUGUGUGGGGGAUAAGGCUGUCUUGCUAAUUGAGAAUAUUAAGGUUCGAUUUGUUCAAGGAAAUCUAAACCGCAUAUGACAUAAACUAUUAUUAUGUGUUCGUAGAAGGGUGAUGAUAAUGCAAUUCAUAUAUUAAAAAUGAUUUGGACAAUGCAUAAAAUACUCCACCGCCUGCCAACUAAGAACUUGUAUGUUAAACUAAUGUAAAUUCCCUUCAAUCCAAGUAAAUCUUGUUCAUUAUAAUAUACACAAUAAGGGUAGUGAUUGAAGUUAACAUACAUUGUAACUUUAACCCUCGGAUACAAUCAAUUUAUUUGAAUAUGUUUGAUUUGGCCUUUUGGAUUUAAAACCGCAGGAUCUCGUGUAGUGGAAAUGCGUCCGAACUCAAAAUUUUGAAAUUAGAAAUACAUUCAAUCGUGACUCAAUUAAGUGCUUUGAUGCUAUUGAACACAAAUCUGCUACUUUGAGUGACGGCCAGUGUUAAAAUACAUGUAGUCCAAAAGAAGAAUACGUCACUACAACACUUCAUCGGUAAUUGUUUUUAGAUCAUGGUGUAUGUAUUACGAAAACAAUAGAAAGUGUCAGGAGAAAAGGUUGUUAGUCUCCGCUUUCCUCCUCCCUCCAAUAUGUAUGUAGAUAAUAAGAAGUUGUCGCGCGAUCUCUUACAAGUAGCCUCCUUUCAUUUUUAAAUCAUAAUUUCGUCACUGAUUGAUUAUUAAUCGCAAGGUUCGAACAUAUAGUUCAUGAGAUGUUCUCUUCCGACAUGAUCGCGAUGUCAAAGACCAGAAUUAGUAGCUUUUGAAUGGCACAUCAUUUUUUAAUCAAAAGAUGCUUGCAGAGUGGGCAGUGUUGAACUUAAUUGGAUUGAGUAAAGUGGGUGACUGAUGAGAGAAAAAAAAAAAGAUCCCACCAAAAGGAGAUCAAUUCAGAACAGAACCCAAAAAGGAGAAAGAUGUUUAAGUGGAAGUGGAUAGAUUUUAAGUGCUUUCUUUCUUCUUUUGCUUUCUUAAUGGUGGAGAAUAAACUUGAGUGGUAAACUUGUAAUGGUGGGGGGCAGGCAGGUUUGAUUCAUUAAGCAACAUCGAUAACAAUCUUAUUAGAUAUUGGAUCUUGAGAGAAACUAUUAUAAAAGAUUAGGGUUUUGCAUGCAGAAAACAGAGCAAAUGUAUAUGGGGGAAAAAAACAUUAAACUUUGAUGAGAACUUUAUUGGGGGAGCUUAUCAAAAUAUGCCAAAUGACUUGGAAAUUACAGAACUCUCACGUGAAAUCUUGGGGGUUGAGUAGGUUUUCAAGUGUAGUUAAAUGGCAUUAGGGUUGCUGAUGUGUCUUUGAAGCAUGGUCUAAGUACGGUAAUCCAUAAUCGCGCUAAGGGGGUGAGCAUAUUGUGCGCAGAAAUCCGUUUACAAAGUGUCCAUUCUGAAGUUCCAACAAAACGUGGAAGCGAAAACUCUUCAGAUUUUUUUGUGUUUGUUAUUUGGAGAUGGUAAACAGGAAGAGGAAGGUUUGUGUUGGCAUAAGUCUUUUAUUGUGACAAUAAACAUUUUUCCUAUCGAGGUUAACAAAGUUUAAAAAAAAAC